UGGUCGAUUCCGCGUGCCGUCUGCAUCGUCCGCGCCGCUUCUGGUAUAUAGUCAUACGCCUGUACCGGAGUGUCAGUAUCAGUUUAGCUUUCUCAGUGACUACCGAGUGACAACUUCAAACAAUCAACAUGCCUGGACCUUGCUGUGACGUUUGCAAAGACACCUGCGGAAGCAGCGGUGGAUGCAAGUGUGGAGACAACUGCAAGUGCACUGGGGACUGCCAGUGCUGCAAGAAGUCAGCUAACUGCGGUUGCAAGGCUGGAGAGAAGUGCGCCUGCCCAGAAGGCACCUGCGCCUGCAAGUAAGCCCCCGAUCUGAACGUACCCUGUCUAACACACCAUUCCAUCAUGCAUUGCAAUAUCUACGCUUCAUCUUUAUUGUAAAGACUGUAAUUAGUUAAGUAAAUUAUUGAUGUAAA